AUGUCAUUGGUGUCUGUGCCAUGGACAAUAAGGCACGUUCAAAACCGAUGAGAAAUAUCUUGAAUCGAUUACUCGCAUUUGAACAGUUUGAAACAGUAAUAUUUGGUGACAAGGUUAUACUAGAUGAAGAUGUUGAAAAUUGGCCUGGAUGUGAUUUUUUCUUAUCAUUCUUUUCAAACGGCUUUCCCUUGGAUAAAGCAAUCGAGUAUGUUAAAUUACGAAAACCUUUUUGUGUCAAUGAUAUGCCUAUGCAAAAGAUUUUGUGGGAUCGGCGCCUUGUUUUAAAGAUUUUAGAUGGUUUAGGUGUUCCAACUCCUAAAAGACUUGUUGCGAGUAGAGAUGGUGGAAUAAAAAUUGAUCCUGAAACCAAUUUAAAAAUAAAAGCCGCCAUUGGUAAACCAAUUGAGCCCGAGCCAUUCACGCCAGCUGUGGUUGAAAUGUUGGAUCAGGAUACAAUAAGUGUUAAUAAUGAAAAAAUGCGAAAACCCUUUGUCGAAAAACCAAUAAAUGGCGAAAAUCAUAAUAUACAUAUAUAUUAUUCAUCUGAAAGUGGAGGUGGCGGGCGUAGAUUAUUUCGAAAGUUUGAUCCUAAUAUGUCAGAAGUCAGAACCGAUGGUUCUUUCAUUUAUGAAAAAUUCAUGGAUGUUGAUAACGCAGAAGACGUUAAAGUUUAUACUAUUGGACCUUCUUACGCUCAUGCAGAAACUCGCAGAUCGCCCGCAAUUGAUGGAAUUGUAAUGAGGAAUACUGAUGGAAAAGAGAUUAGAUAUAUUACAAACCUCACUACAAAAGAAAAAAAAAUGGCAACAGAUAUAACUUUGGCUUUUGGACAAACUGUUUGUGGAUUUGAUUUGUUGAGAGUCCACGGAAGCUCUUAUGUUAUUGAUGUUAAUGGAUGGUCUUUUGUAAAGGGAAACGAUGAUUAUUAUAGUAAUUGUGCAAAAAUUUUAAGAACAAUGUUUUUUAAUGCUGUUAGAAAAAGAAAAGUUAGCAUUGAUUCCAUACCAAAUGAAUUGAGAUUCGAGAAUUCGUGGCGUUUAAAGUCAUUCAUCUCUGUAUUUCGACACGCUGAUCGUACACCAAAACAAAAAUUGAAAUUUAGUUUUAGUAGUAAACCGUUUGUUGAUCUGUUAAAAGGAUCUUCAGAAGAAAUUAUCUUAAAGAAUGAAGAUGAACUUAAACAAGUAUUUGAGGCUACAGUUGAAGCAAUCAAAUUAAAAAGUGAAAAAAUUUCGAAAUUGGAACAGCUCAAAUUAGUUUUACACAUGAAAAGUGAACUACCAGGAACUAAAGUUCAAAUAAAGCCAUCUUACAAUAAAGAAGAUGGAACAUUCACAAAGUUGCAGUUGAUUGUAAAAUGGGGUGGUGAGUUUACACAUUCUGCUCGUUAUCAAUCUCGUGAUCUUGGUGAAAAUUUACGCAAAGAUUUACUAAUAUUGAAUCGAAGUAUACUUGAUGAUGUUAAAAUAUAUUCAAGUUCUGAGCGUAGGGUCAGUGCUACAGCGGAUUUAUUUGCCAGAACAUUUUUGAAUACCGAUGAUAUUCCGGAAGAAACUAUUCAGAAAUGUAAAAAGAUGCUAGAUGAUAGUAAUGAAGCCAAAGAACAAAUUGACGUUGUAAAAAGUCAAUUAACAAAUAUUUUAAACCCCAAAGACCCUUCCAAAGUAAAUUUAACGUGGCCAAAAGGACUUCCGAUGCCACAUAUAAUGGUUCAGGAAGUUAUAGAUAUAUUAAAAGGUUUACGUGAUAUAAUGCGAAAAAACCUUUCCACUUUGGAUAUAGAUAACAUCCAAUCAAGAUGGUGUUGUUCGGAAAAUCCACAUCUUUUUAAUGAAAGAUGGGAAAAAUUAUUUAGAGAUUUUUGUGAUGUAGAGCGUUUAAAAUUUGAGCCAAGUAAAGUUUCGGAGCUUUACGAUUCUUUAAAAUAUGAUGCUUUACACAAUAGACAAUAUUUGGAAACAAUAUUUGUUGAUCAAUCUGGCGACAAGAGUAUUGCAACAAUUAAAGUAUUAUAUCAACGUGCAAGGAUGUUGUUUGAUUUUGUUGCACCACGAGAAUAUGGGAUUGAAAAUAAAGAUAAAUUAGAGAUUGGACUUCUAACAUCAAAUCUUUUAUUACAAAAUAUAAUAAAAAAUCUAGAGGAAUCCAAACUUAGUCGGGCACCGUCUACAAGACUCUAUUUCACUAAAGAGUCUCAUGUGCAUACUUUAUUGAAUGUUGUGUUUUUAUCCGGCCUUCCAACACGAAUAUCUAAAAAUGAAGUACCAGAGCUUGAUUAUCUCACGCAAAUUACAUUUGAACUUUAUGAACGUCUUCGUGGAAUUUCUGGCGAGAAAGAGUAUUCAAUGCGUGUAGCAUUUAGUCAAGGUGCCCAUGAUCCAAAUAUUUUGGAUUUAAAACUUGAUGCACGGCAUUGUCUUAACGUGGCACCAAGAAAAAAUUUAACGGAUCAUCUGCCAUUAAACAAAGCACUUUCGUAUUAUAAAAAUAAAGUUUAUAAUCCUCAAACAGCUUCCUGUGAAGAAAAUAUGUCGGUUAAACCACCGUCACCAAAUUUUGACACGCUUAGGCUUAGUAAAUCAUUUUAA